ACUGGGGAAAAACUGAUUGAAAUUGUUUGUUAAGAAUAUUUGCUUUUUCAAUGAUGUUACUUUUAAGAGAGCCUGAGUUUUGAUCUUUUAGUGUGGAUACCUUUUGUGAAUAUUGUUUUGAGUUUUUUAUUAGGGUAUAGAGCUUUUUAGUACAGACUUGACUUUGUGUGUCAGUUCCAUCAUCACCUGCAAGAUUCAGAAUGUUUUCUAAAUAAGAAUCAUAUGAUUGUUUAAUUUUAGCUUUUAUUUGAGAUUUUAGUUUUUUAAAUUUUACCCAUUGUUCAUGAUCUGACUUGUAUUUAUUAGUGUUUUUUUUAAUAUUUUUGUAGAGCUGAUCUCUUUUGUGGAUUAGUUUCUUAAUGAGUUUAGUUAUCCAAGGAAGAGAUGGUUUUGCUUCAAUUCUUUUAGUAGAUAUGUAUUUUGAUAUGCCAUCCUCAAGUGUGUGUGUCUGAACUGGGCCCAAAGGUCUUCAACAGAGAGAGGAACACGAAUAGCUACGAGUGAAUGGACAUUUUUGUGAAACAUUAUUAAUUUUGCAUUAGUUCGUCUAUUCUCCAAAGAUCUUAAACCGAGAGAAUUUUGCAUAUCUGAGACACUGUCAUAUGCGGAAUAGUUGUUGUAUAUCCAUCUGAUUGCUCUUCUUUGUACCAUUUCUAUCUUAUUGAUAUUAUUUAAAGUUUAGUGUAGGGUGACCAGACUGAGAAUGAGUAUCUCUACUCUACCUGAGGCCUGACAAGAGUUUUAUUUACUAUUUCUUUAACCUUCUUGUUUUAGUUUGGAUGUUACUUUUUAUGAAACCAAGUGUUCUGUUUGCUGUUGUGCAGAUUUUGUUAAUAUGAGAGUUAAAGGUCAAGUCGUUUGUAUGUCACAAAACAUUUACUGGUGCGAGUUGAUAUGGGGUACGUGUUGAAUUAAGUACGGAAUAACGAAUGGCCAUAACGAAUGGCAGAGCAAGCAACGAUGAAAGAACCGAGUUUAUUAAGCAAAUUAUGUAACAGGGAGACCCAUGGCUCAGAUCAGUGCCACAGGAAAGCAAGACCUCAGAGACUGUUCAAAAAGAUACCAAAGAGACUGUGUUACAGGUUGUCCGGGUUGGUGUCACAAACUGUGCUAGAAGAAGGACAUGUUUUCCUUGGUUUUACAAAGUGUGGGCAGUUUGUUGUGUCAUACACAUGUCAGAUGGAUGCAGAAGAGCAAACUGGCUUGCCAUACUACAUGUAUAAACUACAGUGGUGGUGGUUUGUACCCAGUAAACCACUGAUUAAGAUAUCAGAGGUUCAGUUGUUUGGAGAGCAGGAUAUCUUACAAGAUCUUUAUAUACUGUUUUGUGAGUGGCCUGAGGACAGAUCACAAGUGCUUGUGUUUGGGCACAGUUUACCAAGUAGGGACCAAGAAAGUUGCCAGUGUUACCUGACAUUGACGGCUAUACCACCGCUAACCUCAUGUAAACCAUGCAGAGAGUUACAGUCUGGCCCAGAUGACCAUACACUAUGUUUAAAGCACAGUUUUUGUUUCCACACAAAAUAUGAACUUACUCCACCAUUUCCUGUGUUCACCCCACGAGUCCAACUAAAAUGUGACGGCCAGGUCAUUCUCAAUACAGGGGAUUCAAUUGUUGCCCUUCACAUUGACUUGGAUGGAAUUCAGUCCAAAUUGAAGGGACCAGUUAUUGACAAUUCAUCAAUAUCUAAAGUGAAAGAAAAUCUAUGUAAUGAAAAGAGUAAGGACCUGGUAUGUACUUCUCCUGAGGCAAAUAAAGAAUUUAGUUGGAACACUGGUGCUUUUUAUACGCCUGUGCCUUUGUGUAAUGAUGUCAGUGCUCAAGACAAUCAAACAAAUGGGACAAAUGUGAAAAAUGACCCUGGUGAUACUUUUGGGGAAACGGUCCUUGGAGGAUGCCGAGAAUCUCAGAAGGAAAAUACAUCAGGUGGCAAGCAAGAUUUGACUGGUAGGGUUGAUCGUAUCAGAUGCCCCAAGUCUCCAAAAAAUACAAUAUCUCAGAAUCAAAAAAGCCCUAUUCAUUCAGGUGACAAAUGGUUUGAGUGUCAAAGUCUCCUUGUACCUACCUCUCCAUCACAGAACAUCGCAGCACAAUCAACAAGUCGGCGUGUCCGCACAGGUUGUAGUACUACUGACAUACAUACAACAAAAGAUUUGUAUAACUUUGACUCAGAUGAUAGUGAAGAUAACAGUUAUAGUUUCAUGUGUCCUAGUGUGCCAAAAGUAUCUCUGAAAACAAAGUCUUCUAGUGGGGCUGAAUUAUUAUCCCAUCCACAUAAUCAUGUGAUAUCCCCAGGUGUUCAUGUACAACGGCAGCUUGCCUUCAGUGGCAGCAAAGCUAGUCCAUUACUCAAUAAUAGCCAAGCACUCAACUGUCCUGCCAUUAGUGAAAGCCCAAGGCAAACUUUAGAAUAUGUUUUGGCAGCUCGUGGAAUUCAAGGACUCCAAAGAUCUUUUUUCUCCCCAAGCAACAGUGAAAACAGUUUUGGAGGUACCAGUAGUAGUGCAGACAGUGUAAUAGUACAAGUGAAUGAUGCAAGAACAGUUACUCAUUCAUGGAGAAAGUUUUCCUAUCAUGGGGAUACAGCAGUUGACUCAACAUUGGUUAUAGAAGAUGACUUCGACCUGACCUACAGGAGUGUGUUGCCAGCAGAGAUAAGAGGGACCAAGAAUCGACAAUUGGCACUUAGUCUUGACCCUUCUAAUUACGGAAAUAAGUGUCGGCUGUCAAUUCAUACUGGAGAGAUGUCCCUGGAUUUAAGUCAGGGGACAUUUGACCUGAUUUGGGAAGAUCUGUACUCGGCUCACAUUGCAAAUAUGCACAACACUGUGCCUGAAAACAAAACAACCACAGUUGUAGCAGAAAUGACCAAUGCUGACUUUAUGAAUGUGCAUGGUUUUGAUAUUGAUAUGUUGUUCAAUGACAUGAAUGAGAAUGAAACAAAUGAAAUACACAAUUCUCCAAAUGAUAUUCCCAGUACUUCCCAACAUUUAGAAAUACCAGUUGAAUCAGUUGCUCAAGAAAUUCCUACUGAUACUAAUACUAACAGCCAAAAUACUAACACGCUUGUUCAGGAAUUAUCCCAAAACAACUUGAUCACUAUUGACACUAACCAGGAAAACCACUCUUACAUGAUAACUGAAGAACCUACAGCAAUUAUUGAGACAGAACCCUCAACUAAACAAGCAGAAUUCAGGGAUAUCUCAUCUGAUGAUGUAAGGAAAUUAAUAGAAAAUGAAGAAAACAAGAACACCCUGAAAAAGACUCUGGCAGAUUUAACUAGAGAUGCAGUGCAUGCUAAACAAAAGUCACUAAAGCGCCUUGGGAAAGGAAAUAAGCCAAUGAAAUCCAGUCCAAUUUCUGACCAUGAGAUUGACCUGUUGUAUCAAAAAGAAAUCCUUGGUGGGAAGAAUGCAAAUGCUCUUUUUAGUAAACACAGUCUGGAUGAACAACUAUGGGGAGACAUUCAGCUAGAAACUGGAACAGAUGGCAUUGAAUACCUCCCGACUGCAAACGAAAACAAGAACCGGAAACCUGAAGUAUUGGCGAAAGUAUUUGCUCUGAUUUCUGCAAGGGAGGACAAUAAACAGAAGAAAUUCUAUAGGAAGAGUAAAGGACAGGAGAAGCUGUAUCAGACCAGUUUUGUAUUUGAAGUAAAUGUCCAGUCAGGUGCUUAUGAAACACUGUUGAUAGAUGAUCUUAAAUUAUUAGAUGAAAAAGAUCUUCGCACUAAAGAGUGGAAGCCUGGAUUCCGAGAGUGUACGUUGCUGCGGCGACAGGCCUACAUUCCUCAGUCUGCUAGAUGUGUUCAUGUUCUGUCUAAUGAAUCUGUGUUUAAAGGUAAAUCUCUGCAGAUGAUACUUUUCCCAGAGCAGUAUACAGCCAUCAUCCUCUAGACAUUUUGAGAAUUGUUUUGCCAAAACUAACAUUUAUCAUCACUGUGUUAUUUAAAAACGGUGAAUUGUCAGUAACUAGAGAUUCAUACAUCCUGUAUAAUUGGAGUCAUCCAUUGUGGUCCAAAUGCUGAGGAAUAAAUCAGGUUUAAGCUUAUCUGAACUUUGUUUAGGCUAUAAUAAAUUAAUUCCUAGAUUAUUAUCCAAAUUUUGUUUAAAAAGGGGGUGGGGGUAGAAUUUUAUUUUUUAUUUUUAGCUCCCCUGAGCCUGAGCACAAAGUGCUCAAAGGUGAGCUUUUGUGAUCGCCCUGUGUCAGUCGUCCGUCCGUCGUCGGCAAGAAUUUGACUGUUAACACUCUAGAGGUCACAUUUUUGGCCCAAUCUUAAUAAAACUUGGUCAGAAUUUUACCCUCAAUAAAAUCUUGGAUGAGUUCGAUAUUGGGUCAUCUGGGGUCAAAAACUAAGUCACCAGAUCAAAUCAAAGGAAAAGCUUGUUAACAUUCUAGAGGUCACAAUUUUGGCCCAAUCUUAAUGAAACUUGAUCAGAGUGUUAUCCUCAAUAAAGUCUUGGAUGAGUUCGAUGUUGGGUCAUCUGGGGUCAAAAACUAGGUCACCAGGUCAAAUCAAAGGAAAAGCUUGUAAGCUUGUUAACACUAUAGAGGCCACAUUUAUGACUGUAUCUUCAUGAAACUUGGUCAGAAUGUUAAUAUUGAUGAUCUUAAGGUCCAGUUUGAAUCUGGGUCAUGUAGGAUCAAAAACUAGGUCACCCAGUCAAAUCAAAGGAAAAGCUAGUUUACACUGUAGAGGCCACAUUUAUGUCCAUAUCUUAAUGAAACUUGGUCGAAAUGUUAAUCUUGAUGAUCUAUAGCUCAGAUUCAGAUCUGGGUUAGAUGAGGUCAAAAACUAGGUCACCAGGUCAAAUCAAAGGAAAAACUUGUUAACACUCUAGAGGCCAUAUUUAAGACAGUAUCUUCAUGAAACUUAGUCAGAAUGUUAAUCUUGAUGAUCUUUAGGACAAGUUUGAAUCUGGGUCAUGUUGGGUCAAAAACUAGGUCAUGGGGUCAAAUCAAAGGAAAAGCUAGUUAACACUUCAGAGGCCACAUUUAUGACCAUAUCUUAAUGAAACUUGGUCAGAAUGUUAAUCUUGAUGAUCUAUAUGUCAAGUUUAAAUCUGGGUCAGGUGGGGUCAAAAACUAGGUUACUAGAUCAAAUCAAAGGAAAAGCUUGUUAACACUCUAGAGGCCACAUUUAUGACUGUAUCUUCAUGAAACUUAGUCAGAAUGUUAAACUUGAUAAUCUUUAGGUCAAUAUUGAAUCUGGGUCAUGUCGAGUCAGAAACUAGGUCACGGGGUCAAAUCAAAGGAAAAGCUAGUUAACACUUUAGAGGCCACAUUUAUGACCAUAUCUUAAUGAUACUUGGUCAGAAUGUUAAUCUUGAUGAUCUUUAGGUCAAUAGGUCAGGUGAGCGAUACAGGGCCUUCAUGGCCCUCUUGUUAAUAAAAACUGUAUGCAGGGGUUUCACUUGACCCAGGAGUAGGGAUUUUGACUCUUGAAAUUAGCAAAAGUGUACAUACAGACUCCUAGGAUUUCAGCUGAAGGGUGCUUUUUAUCAACAUGAGAUAUAUUUCAGUUUAAACUCACAAAAUCAAGUCUUUUGUAUUCAAAAUGACAGCUAUUUAUAUAUAAAUCAAGCCCCUGAGUACAAGUCAAGACAAAUGGCAAAAACAGAAUAAAGUAAAAACAAACU